GAAAGCCCAACGAUCUCCCCGUCCUCCUUCCCCAUUGACUAGCUCCAUGACCUCUGCGACAAAUUAAAUUGUUCUGCGCACGCCGGCGAAUGGCUUCGCCGUCGAUGGCUUCGUCGUUUUUCAACGGCGAGAGAGCCAUCGUGCUUGUGUUCAUCUUUCUCGUUCACUUCUCCACGCCUCUCCCUCUCCUUCGUGAGGGUUUCGCUCUCUCCCUCCUUGCCCUCGCCGCCCUCGCCGUCGAGAUCUCCGCCGACGACUACGACUCCCUCGCUAUGUUCAAGACCAGACCAGGUUCUUCAUCAGGCAUACUGCUGGGAGCUGUUACACUGCCUGCCCUCAUGAUCACAAGGUUGAUACAGCUGUUGAGGGCAUUCUCAUCGCAUGGAAUCGGCAUUGAAGAGUUUGAAUAUCUGAAGAUGCAAUAUUGGGCCACGUUUUUCUGCUGCUUCAGCGUGAUUCUUUUCCUUUGCCUAGUUAUAUGGUGUUCACCAUACAACGCUUGUUCCUCUUCCUUACAUAGCAUUUGGGAUUUGAAGAUUGGCUCAAUUCGCAUAAUUCUAUAUGCAGCACUGUGCUGUGUGUCUCUUGCUAUGAUAUCUUAUUACUACGGUGUGUUCAUGGCACUGAAGCCAUUGUGGUUGCUUUUCCAUGGAUUAGCAGCAGUAAAAUUGAUUCAGCAGCUUCUUAAAACAUUUCCAUCAUGUGCUUCCAUCGGGGAAGCACUUUUGGUGACUGGUGGUCUUGUUCUCUAUUUUGGCGACAUGUUAACAUUUACUAUUGCAAAGAUUCAUGGAUACUUGGUAUCAUCGGAGUUGGUUUUACUGCCUGGUAUUAAAAGAAACAAGAUAAGUACUAUUAUUCAGGGACUGCUACUUGGCCUCCUUCUUUUUCCAGUGGUCUUUAAAUUUGUGCUCCAAAUCUGGGAAUGGCUUAGAAGUUCAACCUACUCUGAAGAAAGGACAAACAAUGAGUUUGGAAAAUCUCUCAUCUUCUAUGCUACACUCACAUUUAUUGUAUUUGUGAUAAUUCCAUCUUGGAUGCAAUUUAUUCAAGAUUUUCAUGUCCAUCCAUACCUAUGGGUAUUUAUGUUUGUUUUCUCGGAACCACUAAAGAGAUUAACACUAUGUCUCUAUUGGAUGGGUGUUACUUACGCAUCAGUGAUGCGCUUCUACAAUAUAUCAAAAAAUAGUAAGAUAGAGAGGAUUCUGCUUCGAAAAUACUACCACCUCAUGGCUGUUUCAAUGUUUCUGCCUGCUCUUAUCUUCCAGCCAAAGUUUCUUGAUCUAGCAUUUGGUGCGGCCUUGGCAGUUUUCUUAGCAUUAGAAAGUAUUCGAGUUUGGAGAGUUUGGCCUUUGGGACAACUUGUACAUCAAUUUAUGAAUGCUUUUACAGAUCAUCGCGACUCUGAUCUUCUUAUUGUCAGCCAUUUUUCACUCUUAUUGGGAUGUGCACUUCCUAUCUGGAUGUCUUCUGGGUACAAUGAUCGACCGCUUGCCCCAUUUGCUGGGAUUUUAAGCCUUGGAAUUGGAGACACAAUGGCAUCAGUGGUUGGCCACAAAUAUGGUGUCCUCAGGUGGAGCAAAACUGGCAAGAAAACAAUUGAAGGUACUGCUGCUGGAAUAACAUCUGUCCUAGCAGCUUGCUCGGUUAUACUUCCACUUAUAGCAUCAACCAGUUAUAUACUUAGCCAGCACUGGAUUUCUCUUCUCCUGGCUGUAACUGUGAGUGGCUUGUUGGAGGCCUAUACAACACAACUUGAUAACGCCUUUAUUCCCCUGAUUUUCUACAGCCUUCUGUGUUUGUAGAUGCAUCUCCCAAUCUAGGCUUGUAAAAUACGCCAUAUACAUCAAUGUCAGAUGGCAAUAACCAAAUCCUUGUACAAUAGGCAUGACAUAUAUGUCUUUCCCGGAGAGCCUUUUGUGUAGAUACGAGUAACCAGUGGUUGAAGAAUGCAAGUAGCUUGUUGUAUGGCUUUAGAUUUAUGUUCUCAUACUGACUUAGCAGAGUAUGAAUACAAACAAUGCGCGAGAGAGAUGCAGAUUGUACGCAUUAAAAUGACAAAGAAAUUGGUGUAAUUCUUUUUACAUUUUAUUUAUGUAUGUAUACACAAAUUAAUUUUUUUUAUAGAAAAUCUCUCUCUCUCUCUC